AUGCAUUGGAAUGAUGUUGCCCUGAUUGAUCAGUAUCAGAAAGGAAUACUUCCUGAUGAAUUGAAGGAUGAAUUAGUAAGACAAAGCAUACCAGAGGAUUUGGAAAAAACUGAGGGCUAUCCUGAGGUGUACGCCACAUCUGAAGUUCCACACAAGCCCCAUCCCCUUGAACUGCUACCAGUACUGACAGAUGAGUCCCAGGACAAAGGAGACUCUUUGCUUCUUUCCAUGUUGGACCCUCCAAUGGCAGUUGCCAUGCAACAGGAAGGGGGGAGGCACUUUCCAACUCCAUCUAGCUGUUCUCUUUCACACUUGUCCACUGACCUUGAACAUUCUUCUCAUUGCACAAUCCAUUGGAUUACAUACAGAUAUUUCACAGCAGUAACAACCAUUUCAGACUCUCAAACUCUCACAGAGCUGUUAAAAACUGUUAAGAGGAUGUUUUUCCUGACAGUUCUAUCAAUGUGGCUUCUUGUGUUUAAUCAAGAUCAAAUAGUGACUUCUUACACAUUUGACAACUGUGAGGUCCAUGAAAUCUUUCAAAACAAAACCAAAGUUCUGUGCUACAAUCGGCAUUUGUCAGAAGUCCCAACCUAUCUACCAACCAAACUUGUAUUUUUGGAUUUAUCUCAGAACAGUAUCCCAAGCCUGAGGAAGAAUGACUUCAAGAACUUCAACUACUUGCAAGCUCUCAACAUUUCCCAGAAUAAAAUACGGAAAAUUGAAGAUGGUGUUUUCAUUCACACAAGCCACUUGGAAUUUUUGAAUCUUACUGCAAAUCAGCUGCAAUGUCUCUCCAGCUCUAUGUUUGAUGGGCUCAUGAAUCUUACCACCUUACUGCUUGCCAGCAAUAAAAUAUACAGGAUUGAUCCUUCUGCCUUUGCCAACUUGGGGAAAUUAAAGGUAAUCGAUUUAUCUUCAAACAGAUUGUAUACCCUGAAUGCUAUGCAUGCUGUCUUUAACGUGGAAUCUUUAAAAGAGUUGCACAUCAAAGACAAUCACUUGCAGGACUUCUCAACCAAAGAUAUUAUUAGUGCACCUCCAUUGCUUCAUGAGCUAGAUGUAUCCUAUAACCCAAUUUUCCUCAUUAAUAUUACAACUCCAGUUUUGCACAGCCUUAUUUCACUUGAUUUAUCAUUUUCCAGUGCCAGUGCCUCUAUUUUAUGGGAAAUAGAAGAUCCUUGUUUUCUACAAGGCUUAAAGGCAUUAUAUUUAGGAGGGAUAGCAAUGAAGCCACCUGAAAUAUCAAAAGUGAUCCAAAUGCUGAAUUGUUCUCAGUUAGAGAUUAUCCACCUAAACCAGUUAAACAUAACCGAGUCAGAUAAUCUUAUUGAAGAGGUAUGCCAAUGGCAACAGCAUGUACAAAGUCUUAACUUUCAAGGCAAUAUGUUCACAAGUGUUAAGGCAGGGGCUUUUGAAAAUUGCACAAAUUUAAAGUUUUUGAAUAUGUCAUUUAACAGGUUGAAAAGCCUACCAAUGACAUCCUUUCAAUCACUGAAUUUGUUACAUUUCAUUUCUCUGUCAAACAACAUAUCCACUCCUGUACCAAUUACUACUCCUAAUGUAUCAUUAUUAGAAAGCCUAGAUCUUUGCUUUAACAAAAUCCAUAACAUUUCCUCUGAUGGCUUCAGACAUUUAAAUAAUUUAAAGACCUUCUACAUCAAUGGAAACCACAUCACUUCUGUCCAUUCACAUAACUUUGGUAAUCUAAACAAACUACAAGAACUAAAUCUAGGGCAAAAUGGUUUAAGGACAAUCAAGCAACCUUUCUCAGGAAGCUUAAAUAAAUUGGAAGUGUUGGUGCUAAGGCAAAAUAAGUUGAAUAUUAUAAAGAAAGGUGUUUUUAAGAAUCUUUCUUCCCUUCGGUUUCUUAAUCUGGCAGACAAUCAGAUUGCUGCAAUAGAAUCAGGAGCUUUUGAAGGUCUGAGCAAUCUACAGACUCUUAUUCUCGGACACAACAAGAUCACUGAACAUACUUUUCAUGAAGAGACUUUUCAAGGGGCAAGCUCUUUAACAGACCUUGAUCUUUUUAAUAAUUAUAUUAGCUAUGAAUCCUCAGAUGUGCUUACCAACCCACCCUUUAAACUUCUGAGGUCUUUAAACAAACUAAAGAUAAACAGCCAGGGUCAUGAUGGACUUAAGAAUUUUCCAGUAAAUCUUUUAGAGGGUUUGGAGUCCCUUGUACAGAUCCAUGCAGGCAAUUUGGCAAUCUCUUCUUUAGAACCAAUGACAUUUAGCUUUACUCCUACUCUUCAAGAGCUUGAUUUGAGCAACAAUAAACUUAAUUCAAUAAGCAGUAUGUUAUUUGGGCCUGUAUCAAGACUGAAAGAAUUGCACCUGAAUAGAAAUGGGCUAAAUUCUCUCAGUUUUUUUCUCCAUGCCAACCUUUCAAGACUGACUCUCUUCAGAGCAACUGGAAAUCUGAUAAGUGUUAUCACUGAAGAGCAAAUAAACACUUUAACUUCCCUUCUUUUCCUAGAUCUCAGGCAAAAUCCUUUCACCUGUACAUGUAGUAACCAAAUGUUCCUCCAGUGGUCAUUACAGAAUCCUAAAACUCAGGUGCUCCAUUUCUGUCAGUACACUUGUGCUUUCCCACAAAAACAUAGGGGAGACCAACUGUGGACUUUUAAAACAUCUUCUUGCUUUAUUGAUUGUGAGUUUAUCCUGUAUAUUGCAAACACAACAGCAGUUCUUUCACUUAUGCUUGUCUGCUUCUUUUAUCAAUGGAAAUUGCACAUGAUCUAUAUGUUUCAUCUAUUACUUGCUUACUAUGUUGACAAGAAGCAAAAAAGAAAGGGGCAAGAUAUGGGAUUUGAUUAUGAUGCAUUUCUUUCCUACAACACCCAUGAUGAAAAGUGGGUGAUGAAUUACCUACUUCCAGUGCUGGAAAGCCAAUAUUGUUGGAAACUUUGUUUGCAUCACCGAGACUUUAAACCAGGACAGCCCAUCAUUGAAAACAUUGUAGACAGUAUCUACGCUAGCAGGAAGACCAUUUGUAUAAUAAGUCGCCACUAUCUGGAAAGCGAGUGGUGCUCCAAGGAGAUACAGGUAGCAAGCUUUCGCAUCUUCGAUGACCAUAAGGAUGUCCUGGUUCUUAUUUUCCUGGAAGACAUUCCUACUGAAUAUCUCUCCCCCUAUCACAGAAUGAGAAAACUGCUAAAGACAAAAACUUACCUCAGAUGGCCCCAGGAUGAGCAGGAAAUUCCAUUGUUUUGGCACAAGCUCAAUAUGGCUAUGAAGACAGGAGAUGGAAAAGAGGAUGAAAAUUCAGUUUUGGCUGUAUUUGUUCCUAAUGAAAUUCCUCAUUGAGUAUAGCUACAGUAUGUUUAAUCAACACAUCUCCUGUCUGCUAUUUGUCAUUGGGCCAAUUGUUUCUUAUGAAAAUUUCCCCCCUUCAUUGAGAAAUAGUAAAAAACAGAACUUUAAGAAAAGUUUGUUUUCUUCAUGCUUUCAUGUUGAGCUUUUCAUAUUGAUCUGUUGCUUUAAUAUGUAUAUCUGUGAACGGGAAAUGUUACAUCUAAAAACUAAACUUACAACCUGUUCCUAGGCAUCUUUAUCUAGAAAUUAGUCCCACUGUGUUCAAUGGGUUUUAUUCCCAUGAAAUGUUAAAUACAAUUGGAGUUUUCCUGUUUUCAGCAGAUUUACUGGGUGUAAAUUUUAUUAAAGUCAAUGGCAUUUACUUCUUCAUCAAAUAAUUUUACUGAACAUCUACAACAAGAGACAAUACAAUCCUAUACUCAUCUGAAUUUGGGGGGAAUUGGACUACAGCUAGAGAGAUACAAAAUAGAAAAUAACAGCUAAAAUGGGAAUAAUUAUGAUAUCUAAUUAGAUGUUGAGAAUUCAAGUAUAAAAUCAUCAUUAUUUCUGUCCCAGAAUAUAUUAAGGGUAAUAGACAACAUAGAUUUAAGCUUGUAGACUCACUUGAAUUUCUUUUAAAUGUAUACUGAGAAAUAAAUAGAAACCAUCAAUAUAGUUGUCUUGGAGGAGAAUUUGUUCAGGAGUUUUGAAUAUAAUAUUGAUAAUUAUUCAGACCUAUUUCUAAUUUGAAUUUAUUAAAUCAACAGAAAAUUAAUAUUUUCAAAAUAUUAAAUUAAUAUCUGCAAUGCGUAUGCCAUCUCCAUGUAUGAUCCCUUUCUUCAAAGAACAAAGUUGUCUGUAAUGGUAAUAAAGCUGUUAAAUGUUGGUCAAGAGACUUUAAAGCAUGUUUUUAAAAGUAAAAAUGGGGUUAAACAGUGUGUUUGUGAGGUAAAUUUCUCCAGCAUCUUGCUACUUAUUCACAUAUUUUGUAUUUCUCUAAACUUCGUAAUCUGUGUUGUUUUGAAAUGAUAAAAUUGGCCAAGUGGAAUCUUAUGCAAAUCAUAUGUAAAUCAUAUUCCAAUAUGUUUUUUGGAUGACUUAAAAACAAUGUGAAUCUUUAAUUAUUCUAAUGCUGUAUAUAAAAGUGUUGUGCUGUUUCUUUUUGCAUGCUUCAUUCUGUUAUCUUGCUUUUCUCUAGCCAUACAUUUAUUUAAUGGAAAUAUUCUUACAGUUUAGAGCUAUAAUUUGGGUGUUCAUUCUGAAACUCUCAAGAGCAAUUUAGUUGUCCUCAUGACUCAUUUUCUUGUAAACAUGUACACACAUAGACCUAGUUACAUCUAAGGAAAGAUGGAUGGAAGCAAAAUGGAUUGUUUCUUACUGAGGAUUAUUAAGUAUCUUAUAGUUCCUGCUACAAGGAGCAGAGAAGAGAGAAGGGUAACAGAUAACCAAUUAUUGAUAUUCCAUGCCUGGUGCUAUUCAUAAGGAGGCUGGAGAACAGAUAAGCACGCCAUUUUUCUGUCAAAUGGAGUACAAUUAGUUGCAACUCAGUAUUUUGUUUGGAAAUACACCCACCUGUCCAUAAAGAAGGCUAAUAAUAGCAUCAGAGGGAGGUUCAUGGUGGCAUUACAUGGGAUGGUGAGGAACAAGCUUGCCAGUUUUCUUCUGUGACCAAUUCCACCUCCCAUGAUAGUCACUUUAUGAUUAAGUAAUCUGUUCCAUGUGCAUGAAAGCCAUUUUGUGAGAGUUCUCAUUACAUGCUCCCAAAUUCCAAUGUGCCCCUCAACCCCAAAAGGUUGGCCUACUGAAGUGCAGGAAAAGAGAGGUGGGUGGAACUGUAAGCAAUGAAGGAACACCUUUACCAUUGCAAUUUAUCUAGCUGAUUCUGUCAUAAUUCAGCUACCUCCAAUUCUCUCCUGUACUUUAACAGGUUGAUUUGACUCUGAACAACACAAAAACUUUGCUUUAACGACAGACACAAAUGCAGAAGAGAAUCAUGAUGUAAUUUUAGAGAAAGAGAUAAAUUUAUAAGUGUACUUGUAACUGCUGCUGCUGCUGAUUGAAAGCCACUUCUUUGUAUUUUUUUAAACUAGAAUUUCUGAAUGUGCUAGGUACUCUGAUUAGCAUAUAUAUAUUUUAUGGAGAUUUCCGAUCUGCAUGUGUUUCUUUUUCAUUUGGCAAUGCGGUAAAUGGCCACCUUAAAUUUAACCCACAUUGUGCUAGGUCAUUAUUUGCUGAAUAUGCCACUAUUGACUGCUUCACACAACAUGUUAAACCAUAAACUACAGCUGACAAACCAAAAUAUCUAGACCCACACAAUGCUCUAAACCAAAGUCUACCAGACUUGGUUUAGUGAGAUACAUAAAUUGGGACAUACCACCUGAACCAGUUCAUAAAAUGUGUGUGACCAAGAGUAAAUGAAAAGCAAUAAAAAAGAGAAAUUCCACAUUUUCUCACGUCUUAUGGCGGUCUCCAAACUUUCCCCAUGUCAGUUCAUUACUGAUUCAUUAAUUAUUCUGAAAUGUGAUUAUAACUCUACAUACAGGCUUGUUGUUGUUCAGUCGUUAAGUCAUGUCUGACUCUUCGUGACCCCAUGAACCGUAUUGCACCAGGCCUUCCUGUCCUAUACAGGCUUGUAUGACAUAUAAAAUUUGGGUUUCUCUUACAUUGUGUCUUUAAUUCCUCAGAAAUUACUGUAGUUCUCAAUCUCAUUUUUAUGAUUUAUUCUGCU